AUGACGAACACCGACAAUUUUCAAAUUCCUGCCUGUAAUGGUACUGCUGCUGGUAUCAAUACUUCAACGACGGUUUCUGAAUUGUUUGAUGGAACUUGCUAUGGUAGUUGGCGUAGAUCAAUUUUGAUUGCUUUAUCUGUUAGAAAUAAGCUUGAUUUCAUCCAUGGCACUACUGAGAAGCCUCCUGAAGGAUCUGCCCUCCUUCGACAAUGGCAGUGUUGCAAUGACCUAGUUGUUGCUUGGCUAGCCAACUCCGUCACUAAGGAAAUACAUAGGUCUGUUGUAUACUCUGAGUUUGCUAAGGAUAUUUGGAGGGAAUUAGAAGCUAGGUAUGGUAAGGCUGAUGGUGCUAGGGUAUUUGAGUUAAAGAAAGCCUUGGCUCACAUUUCCCAAGCCUCCUUCCAUGCCUCUUUUAACACUGGUGGAUCUAAGUUUGCUCCCAAAGUACAAUUUGAUCCUCAGAAGGCAUCUCUAUAUUGCAAAUACUGCAAGAGGACUGGGCAUGUUAUUGAGAAAUGUCACAGGCUUCAUGGUUACCCUUCAAACUUUAAAUUCACUAAGGGUUCUGGUCCUAAUUCUGGUCCUAGAAAGGUUGCUGCUAAAGCUGCUUGUGAGAGUUAUCCUACUGAUUCAUCAACCAGUUUAACCAAAGAUGAGCACUCUCAGUUGCAGUUCCUACUACACAAAACUCACAUAUCACCUGGAUCAUCUCAUUCUCUCAUGGCAUCUACUCACUUUGUAGGUAGAGUUGCUACUCAUAGUGUUUUGCUCAAACCUUGUCUAUUUUCAAAGGUCGAUAGUUCAGUAUGGAUCAUAGACUCAGGGGCAUCUGAUCAUAUGACAUCCAAAUUGUCUCUACUAUUCAACAUUAAACCCCUUUCUAUCCCCUGCCUUGUUUCUUUACCUAAUGGCUAUAAGGUCAAGGUAACAAAUACUGGAUCUUUAAAUCUGUUUCCAAAUUUUACUCUACAUAAUGUGCUAUAUGUCCCUACUUUCCAGUACAAUCUCAUCUCUGUAUAUCAAUUAGUUUCCCAGUUUGAUGGUAUUGCCCAUUUUACCAAGAAUCUGUGCCUUUUUCAGGACCAUUCACAGAGGAAGCCACUGGUUCUUGGUAGGUUGGACAAUGGCUUAUACAAGCUGACUAUUCCUCCACUGUCUACUGCUUCUACUGCUGCUACCACCUCUGUCCCUAGUCAUUCUCUUUCUGUUAAGCCUCGUUUGUUUAUGUACUUGGACCCACUUGAUGGGGCUAAGAGCAAUGCUUUUGAUUUGCUCAAAGCCUUCAUUGCCAUGGUUGACACUCACUUCCACACUAAGGUGCAAACUGUGAGAAGUGACAAUGCCAUGGAGUUAGGCUCUAGUCAUGCUGGUUCUUCCUUCUUUGCUGAGAAAGGCAUCAACCAUCAGACUUCCUGUCCACACACUCCAUAA